CUUGUAAAGAAUCGAAAUCGACAUCCCAUGUUUUGGCGCGAAAGGACAAUCUUCCAACUUGAAAUUCCGAGCCUGCCUCUAUGACAACCCCUCAUGACAACCACCAAUCGAGUCCCGCAAGCUUGUAUUUGAACACGAGCAGGUCUUCGAAUGUAGAAAGGCGCAACCCUGCUGACGUUUUGCGUGGACGUCAGCCGCCGCCAUCUUUGAUUCGGACUGUGUCUUUUGAUUCUGGCAGCAAAUAAAGAUUGCCUGCUUGCGCAUUUUGUAUCACUAAGAUAGGAGCUAUGGCAAAAGAGGAGGACGAUUACCCAGACGAGGGCGAGGAGCGCCUUUUGAAUGAAGAGUACAAGAUCUGGAAGAAGAACACGCCGUUUCUCUACGACCUGGUAGUCACGCACGCCCUGGAGUGGCCGAGUCUUACAGUGCAAUGGCUGCCGGACAGGUCCGAACCGGCGGGGAAAGAUUACUCUGUUCAAAAGCUGAUCUUGGGGACGCACACGUCAGACAAUGAGCAGAAUUACCUGAUGAUUGCGGAGGUGCAGCUGCCGUUGGAGGACACGGAGACGGAUGCGCGGCAGUACGACGACGAGCGGGGCGAGUUUGGGGGUUACGCUGGGGUGAUGGGGAAGGUUAACAUACUGCAGUCCAUCAACCACGACGGCGAGGUAAACCGAGCGCGGUACAUGCCGCAAAACCCCUUCCUAAUUGCAACAAAGACCGUCAGCGCAGAGGUCUACGUCUUUGACUACAGCAAGCACCCGUCCAAGCCCCCCCAGGAGGGAACGUGCAGUCCGGACCUGAGGUUACGGGGGCAUAAAACAGAGGGCUACGGCCUAUCCUGGAGUCCGUUCCGGGAGGGCCAUUUGCUGUCCGGUUCGGACGAUGCCCAGAUCUGUCUCUGGGACAUCUCUGGGCUGGCAAAGGGCACCAAGACGGUGGAUGCAAAGCAGAUCUAUACGGCCCACGAGGGGGUUGUGGAGGACGUGGCAUGGCACUCGAAGCACGAGUACCUGUUUGGAUCGGUGGGCGACGAUAAGAAGCUGCUCCUGUGGGAUACCCGGCAGCCGGCGGUCGACAAACCGCUCCACUCUAUAGAAUCCCAUGAAGCAGAGGUGAAUUGCGUGGCCUUCAGCCCGUACAAGGAGUUUCUGCUGGUCACGGGGUCUGCGGACAAGACCGUCGUCCUGCACGACAUGCGGACGCCCGGCCGGGUCCUGCACCAGUUCUCCAACCACACAGAGGAGGUGUUCCAAGUUGGCUGGAAUCCAAAGAACGAGACCAUCCUGGCGUCGUGCGGAGCGGACCGGCGGCUCAUGAUCUGGGACCUCAGCAAAAUCGGCGAGGAGCAGACGCCGGAGGAUGCGGAAGACGGCCCCCCCGAGCUGCUCUUCAUCCACGGCGGCCACACGAGCAAGAUCUCCGACUUCUCCUGGAACCAGAACGACGACUGGGUCAUUUCGAGCGUGGCGGAGGAUAACAUUCUCCAGAUCUGGCAAAUGGCGGAGAACAUCUACCACGAAGAGGACGAGGGGGAUGACGAGAAGGAUAGGAUGCAGACUGAGUCAUGACAUGGAACUUAAGGUCGCGAAUCGUAUGGCUUGCAAAAGAAGACAACAGUUGUGUAUUGAUAAUGCCAAAAGAAUGAAUGCGGAUUCGCUCACGAUCUGGGCCGCGCAUGGUGCGUGCUUCAAAUCGGGAACGAGGACGCGCAUGUUUGCUGCGAAUUGCGACUCCGAGUCACCUGACUUCAGUAGAUCUUUGAGGUUGAGGUUCUCGUCCGACAUAUACGAGAAGAGAAUCGUUCAAGGCCAUACUUGCUACUCGAGGGUCCUACAGGGUGGCGGCCUAGCUAGGUAGACACGGUGAGCAGAGCUUGUGCUACAACAUAUUGCGCCAAUUGACGGUACGGCUGGGUCGUGUCGGUCGCGUUCGAUGCGCGCAUAUGCAUGAAACCGGCCGCGGCCGCAGCGCG